AUGUCCCCAAAUACAACCUCUAUUCCAACUCCUACUAAUGAUAAAGAUUCAAAUAGAGUUGAUAGUGAUAUACCAUAUAGUAAAGCUGACGACUAUACUAUGUCUGAAACCGAAUCGUUGAAAUUAGAUUUACUAAAUGAAAAUUCAAGGGUUCGAUAUCUGAUAGAUGGAAAUGAUACAAUCAAACAUAUAUGUAAUUGUUCAAUGAUUGUAAAUUUAAAUAUCAUUGAAGGAAUUUUAGUUAUUGGUAAGAUUAAAUUAUAUUUCAUACCUAAUUUUUACUAUGAUUCAUCUAAAAAGAUUAUUUUGAGUAUAGAUCUAGUAUCUAAAAAAUUAAGAGACCCUGUUAAUCUUGACUUAUCCGGAAAGUUAUCUGAUUAUGAAUCACACAAAACUACAAAUUUUUCAGAUUCUAUUUAUAGUUGGUAUGUAAAUAACAUUGCUGAGCUUUUUAAAAAACCUUUUCUAUUACGAGAUGUUGCGUUAGAGGUUACGUUCACCAAUAAAUGUAGUUAUUUUUUCAAUUUCAAUAAUAAAUCCCUCAGAAAUUCAAUUUAUCACAUUUUAAACAGUAACAACAAAUACAAUCACCAAGAUAAUAAUAAUAAUAAUAAAAAUAGACUUUCUAACCUCUUAUCAAGUAUUCACAUAACUGCAGGUGAUCAUCUUACAAUUACACAACUAUGGAAGAACGGUAAAAUUUCAAAUUUUUAUUAUUUGAUGACUUUAAAUAGUUUAGCUGGAAGAUCAUUCAACGAUAUCACACAGUAUCCUAUCUUUCCCUGGGUAAUAGCAGAUUAUACAAGUGAGGUAUUAAAUUUAAAUGACCCUAAAUCGUUUCGUGAUCUAUCUAAACCUAUGGGUGCACAGGAUCAAGAAAGAUUAAGGAAGAUUGUAGAAAGAUAUGAAACCAUGAAACAAUUAAAUAAUAAUAAUAAUAAUGAAAUGAAACCAUUCCAUUACGGCACACAUUAUUCCUCAGCAAUGAUUGUCUCCUCAUAUUUAAUGAGGGUCAACCCAUUCACUGAUUCUUUUCUUUUAUUACAAGAUGGGAAAUUUGGCCAUGCCGAUAGAUUAUUCAAUUCAAUUGAAAGAACUUGGUCCUCUGCUGCUAUUGAGAAUAUCACAGACGUGAGAGAAUUAAUACCUGAAUUUUUCUAUUUGCCCGAAUUUCUUAUAAAUAUCAAUGAUUAUAAACUUGGUAAAGAUCAAAAUGGAAACAUUAUAAACAAUGUUGCAUUACCUUACUGGGCAAAUAAUGAUCCAAAGAUCUUUAUACAAAAGAAUAGAGAUGCAUUAGAGAGUAAAUAUGUAUCUGAACAUUUGAAUGAAUGGAUAGAUUUAAUAUUUGGGUACAAACAGAGAGGCCAGGAUGCAAUAAAUUCCUUCAAUGUUUUUAAUCAAUUAAGUUAUCAAGGAGCAGUCAAUUUAGAUCAUAUUACGGAUGAAAAUGAAAAACAAAUAGCAACUAUGAUUAUAUAUAAUUUUGGUCAAAUCCCAUUACAAUUAUUUAAGAAGAAACAUCCGAAAAGAAUAUGUGAAGAGAAUCAAAAUUGUUCAAUAUCAUUAUCAAAAUUCUUUAAUGAAAAUUUUGUUCUAACAGAAACUCGACAGGCCACACCUGAUAAGAUCUGUUAUAUUAAAUGUAUGUUAGAUGACAAUGGUGAUUACAAUUGGUAUGGGUAUCCAUUCUUCAAUAUGGAAUGUGUCGAGCCUACUAUUGGACUGGUUAAGAUGAAACUAACUUCAAAUGAUACUCUUAAUAUUAAUGGUCAUAUUUUCCAAAAUUUACAUAAUUGCAAGAUUACAGUUUUAAAGAGAUGGAAAGAUACCAAAUUUCUCACUGGGGAUUCUAAUGGAUUAAUUAAGUUGUGGGAAUAUAAGAAGGAAAACAAUGCAAUUAUACUUGAUGAAAUAAGUAUGCUCUUUGGACAUCUAGAUACGAUUAUAGAUAUUGAAUCAUAUUUGGACACUAAUGUCUUGAUCACAUUAGAUAAGUCUGGCUAUGUUUAUAGUUGGGAUAUGAAAACGUAUAAACUUAUCAGGUGUUUUACAAAUAAGGGGAAAUUUAUAACUGUGUCUCCACAAUCAGGAAAUGUUGCAGUUAUUACAUCGGAUAACUUCUUGAAAAUAUUCACCUUCAAUGGGUUAUUCUAUUUGGAGAUCCAAUUGCAUGAAUAUAUCAAUGAUAUUGUUACAUUAAAGUCACUAGAAUUUUUUACAACCAUGAAACAUCAAUACGUGAAAGAUAUGGAUUACUACAUUAUCGGUUAUUCCAGUGGUUGUAUGUCAAUCCAUCAGUUAUAUUUGAAUGAGAAAUCAUGGGAGGUUAAAAAUAUAAUACCAACUCUAGAUGGUAAUACUACUAUUUCUACUACCAAUAUUGCUACACAUAAUGAUAUUAGUAGCAACAAUAAUAAUACUAAUGCAUCUUGUAUUUCUAAAUUAUCAUGUCUCAGAGCUGUUUUUUUUUUUAUCAGAAAAACAAGAGAAACUACAAAUCGUCAUGGGUUAUGA